UUAUUUGUCAUCUGCGCAAAUUUUCGUAUUGUUUGUUGUUUUAAGAAAAAAAUCCCAAUAAAGUUUUGAUUGAAAAAUAGUAUUGUAAUCUUUAGGAUGGAAGGUGUACAAGUUAUAACGCAGGACUAUGUUAAUGUACACAUUACAAAAUCUGAUUCUGAAGAUGGUCCUCCUGUGGAACGCAGGUUCAAAAAAGCUAUUACUGUAUUGGAUUUUAAGACGAAAUUAGAACUGGUUACUGGAGGUUCGGCAACAACUAUGAAACUGAAACUUUAUGACAACAAAAACAACUUAAUUUGUGAAAUUGAUAAUGAUAGUGCUUUACUUGGGUCAUAUCCUAUAGAUGAUGGGAUGAGGAUACAUGUAAUUGAUAAAUUUUCACUUGUCAAAGAUUUUGAUGCAACAGAUAGUGCUGAACGGUUCAAGUUAUCUGAAGAAGAAUAUGAGAAAAAGAGUGAUACUCUAAGGUCAUUCUUGCAGCGUAAUAAACUUGGUAAAUACAAUGAAGAAGAAAUGAAUAAAAUGAAGGAGACUCAGCAGAAAGAAUUAGAGGAAGAAGCCAAGAUAGCAGAAUCUGUUCUAGUUGGUGCUAGGUGUGAAGUGCGGGUUCCAUCACAGCCAACUCGUAGGGCCACAGUUCGUUACAAUGGACCACUAGAUGGAGCUAAGGGUUUGUGGAUUGGUGUGCAAUAUGAUGAACCGAGGGGAAAGAAUGAUGGAUCAGUGAAUGGAAAAAGGUACUUUACGUGUCCUCCUAAAUAUGGAGGCUUUGUCAGGCCAGUGUAUGUAACUGUUGGCGAUUUUCCAGAAGAAUCCUUUGAUCUGGAUGAUGAAAUAUGAUUCCAUACAAAAACAUUAUGCAUACAAAGACACUUUUAUUUAUUCUUUAGCGCCUGAGCAAAAACAUAAUCGCUUAUAAUAAAACUUAUAAAUUAAUAUUCAUGUCUAGAAAUAGUGGAUGAUUGAAUAUGUUUUGUAUGCAGGUUUGAUACAUGCAUUUAUGAAUAUGAAAGACUGAAACUUGAUAGAAUUUGUAACAACAAGAAGUGUGCUGGCUUAAAUUUAUUACUCUUGUAGUCAAAGGAGAUUACUUAUUAUUCGCUUUUAAUUAAUCUUUGUAUAAAUUUUUACUUUUGGCCCAAUAUUGUCCAGUUUUUACUAGUCUUAUACUGUUUUUUGUAUUGUUUGAUUUAAAAAUAUUUUCUUUUUAUAGAUUUGAAAAUCAUGACAGUAUUUUUAUAUUUGAUUAUGAGUAAUGUUCAUUAACAUAACUAAUUAUUAUGAUAUCGUAAAUUAUUAGCUGUUUGUCAAACAACAAAACAUUCCAAGAAUGGAUUGAUGCUUUUAGUUAUUGACUUUAUGUUCGAGCAAAUUAAUAAAACAUGUCAAUGUAACACGAAAUGAGCUAUGCAAUAAAUUUUGUUUUAUAUA